UACAUAUUUAAAGAAAUGAUUGAAACAGAGUUCAUUUAAAGUGAAAGAAAUCUAAUUUGUUACCUACUGUACUUUCCUAGGAUUUGCUACAACAUGUCAGGACAUGAUCAUAGUUCAGAGAGGACGUCCAAUGAUUCUAAAAAUUUAGAUGCUUCUGAAUGUGAUGCAGCAACUCCUAGAAGUUCUUGCAAAAAGGUUGCAGCAGUGAUAAGCAAGUUUGAUAAUUAUAAAAGGAAGCUUGUGAAAGAUAUGGAUUUUGGAGGACUGUUGGACCUUCCACAAAUAAACAGUUAGAUAGAAAGUUCAGAGUACUGCUACUCUGCAACACUGAUCCUGAUACUAGAACAAUAAGACUGAAUGAAAAAGUUUCGCUGCGAAUAACUGAUGAUGAUGUACACAGAAUUCUAAGAAUACCUAAAGGUUCUAAGAUAUUGAGAGGAUUGGACUGCCAAUCAGUAGACGAGAAAAUAAAAUUCUUGUGACUUAUAAUGGGAUCUGUUACAUACGAUCCUCAAGAGAUGAACAACUUGAAGGUGGCUGAAACAAUAAUAAGCAGGGAGUACCCAAAUGGUAUGGAUGCAACACAGGUUGACCAAUUCAAGACUUCUUUUGUUUGCUUCAUACUGGGUUAUUUCUUAAUAGCUUGUAGCAAUGCAAAUCAUGGUGCCAAAGAUUUCUGGGGUUCACUACUCACACCAAAUGAAAUACCAUCAUACAACUUCUGCUCAGCAGCAAUUGAUGAAAUUAUGAAUGCAGCAAGAAAAGCUCAGAAUGAAUUGAAAACCAAAAAAUCUAUCAAAUAUGUUUCUAGCUGUCCGCUACUCUUGCAGGUAAAGUCAUUCAGGAACAGGAAACAAAAUGUUCGUAACGAAGCUGCUACUAAAUACAAUUUUGCAACUGUUACAAUGAAUAAACCUCCAUUUAUACCUUACCAAGGCACAAGCAAGCCUGCAGCAGUACAAACUACUAGUCAUGCAAAGCGCCCACUCAAUAUUUUCCUGGAUUCUUAUGUACAAGGAACAACACCAAAGAAGCUAUCCAUUCCUCAAAUAAUUGAUCUUAGAUGGCACAGUGCUAGGAUCAUAAGACAUAUGAAUGAGUUCAAAUCAAUUGCACAGCCAAUUUGUAAUAACCAAGCAUUGUCAACAUCAGCAACGGAUAAUUUAUCUGCCAAAAUAGACAAUCUUUUGGAAAUCAUUUUAAAUGAUAACCUUGAAUUAGCAAAGAGGCUUCAUGAGCAUGUCCCGGCAGUAGAAGUUCGAUCAGAAGGUCCACCAAAGUGCAUAAACAAUUUAAAGUGUUCUGGAAGUGAAUAUAGCGGAGCUGAUUCAAAUAGUGAUUGCACUUCCAAAAAAAUCGACUCAUCCAAAAGCAAAAUGUUUCAAAUUGCUGUUUCAGGAGAUAUGGAUGCAACAAGAACACCAACUAAUGCACUAGAAACACCAUGUUCUAAUACAUAUCGAGAUUUUGAGAAUGUACAAACACCAAGGAAUGAACUUUCACCAGCAACAGUUGCUAGUAGGAUGUCAGAAACAGCUGUUGCAUUCCGUUUGUUUCAGCGAGAAGAUAUCCUUAACUUAAAUGCAAGAGCACUUGAAGCAGAGUUCACGGACUCACCGAUUGAGAAAAUUAAAGUAAGCAACGGUCAAUUGGCAAGUAAUCAUGUGCUUGUCGGUACUACAAUGCUUCAAAAAUCAUCAGCCAUGCUAGCUACAUUCUCAAAUUGGGUACUACACAGCAAGCAAGAGGAAAAUGAAGUGUGCUGGAUAAUAAACUAUGAACCAAGGUACAUAGAGGUCACAGGGAAUGAAUUGAAGGAUACACUCGUACUAUUCAAACCAUUUAGCUAUGAAGUAUUUGAUUUAUGUAUCAGAAGAUUGGUUCAACUAGAAAUGUUGAUUUAUGGCACAUCAAAGAAGCAAAGGUGUAGGCAUAUAAUGGAGUCCGACUUCGCUAUGAUGGUUCUAGGAAAUGAAAAUGUUAUGUCCAGCAGAUCUAUUCUUGAUCAGUUUAGGAAGAUUGCAGUAUUCUAUGAUAUAUCAGAGUGCAGAACCAUUAUAGUUCCUGCUCUAGUUAAUGUUACAUGGUGCUCGUAUUUCUUUGACAUGAUGCUAAAAUGUGUACAUGUUGCUGACCCAACGUAUGUACGAUCAAAUGAAAUUGAACUAAAGAAGAUGCAUGAUUCAAACGUCAAGAAAAUUCUAUGUGCAAUGACAAAAGUAGUGAAAGAGCUUUACUCUGGAUGGGAAGUUGAUUUCACCACAUGGGACACCAAUUACUUGAAGCCUAUAAUUCACGGUGCUAGCAGGUACUAUUGCUUAAACUUUGAGAAUGCAUUCACAAGUAAUAUUUGUGUAUAG